AGCAUCUCAGUCCUGGAGGUGCGACCGCCUCUCCGCACUCAAAACACGGGGAUUCCACGGGCGGACUUUCACUGCAGGGAAACACAAGACGAUGCCUGUUCCAAGUCUCGCCUCACAACUUGACAUCUUCUCCUCGAUUCUCUGUUUGGAUUAAGUUUCCUGGUCCUUUCAAGAGAGAAGAAAAAUGAAAACUGUCGGCUGCCGUGGAUGAUGAAGUCCCAGGAUGAACACAGAUUUCCAAACUCAACUGCACGUCCCUCGACCCAAGGUUCGCAGUCACCUCACUAUCAAAGUGCAAUCAAAGCUGAUGUCACGGCCUUGUCCCCCUGUUGCUCCCAAGCCCCUCUACGGGACCCACCUGCAGGGGGUGCUGUGUUCCCAGCAGAGCCUGAGCAAUGGAUUUCUGGCUCACUCUGAUGGGCAGGUGGAACACCUCCAUGAGAUGACUGAGGGCAGAAGUGAUGCUCAGAACGGUGGGGUGAGUGAUGACAGCACAAAGGGAGGAAAGGAGGAUGAAUCUGAAAAUGGAAAGUUAAAAAGUGAUGAUGAUAUUUGUAGUGUUGACUCUGAGGAGACAGUGUUAGACGAUGCUGGUGCCGGUGAUGCUGCUGUGGAUCACGUUGACAGUAACUUGGAUCAACCUGCUGACAGCUCAAUAACACUGGAAGAAGUUAGAGAGGACGAUGUGGCUUCUGAACACUUGUUUGAUGAUGACGUGGAGAAAAAGUCAGAAACUCUCUCAGUUGUUGAAGAGGAUCUUGACCCUGGACAUAAUGGAGUUGACUUUGAAAACAGCUCUGUUGACUAUGAUUUAAUCAUUCAAGAGAACAAGGUGGAAACAUUUGCCUUCGGAUUCAGUGUGCUUCCAACGCUAACUGAGGAGUACCCCUACGAUGUGAUCGGUCCAAACGACAACGCCAGCGACACGUGUGAGUCAUGUGACCCAACAGAAACAGGAGAUUCAGAGGUGUGGCAACCAGAGCGGGCCACUAAAGAUGUAUCUGGUUGUUUCCGAUUCAACUCCAGCACAGAGGAUGUGUUCGGGCCCUAUUCAGUCAUCGAAGCACUGCCGGCAAACACCGAUGCCACAGCUGAUCCUGAGUUGUGCCACGAUGAUGCCAAGGAAACAGAGGUGGAUGAGGAGCAGCCACUGUGUGCGGCAAACCCAGAACCUUUUUAUGUGUCUUCAGAUGAUGUUGAGAAGUUGGAGAAUCAGCAAGCUCUUUCAAAGACUGAACGUGAGAGUGAGCAGCAUCCGGUCAAAGACAGAGUGAAGGAUGUUGAGUCAGCAGAUGAGUAUGCUGACAUUGAUGAGUCACUUUGCCCUAAAGAGGAUGAUUUUGGACAGUUGGAGUGUGUUUCAUCUGAAGACUAUGUUGAAAUCGGUGAUGAAGAAGAGGAGGAGGAGAAGGCAGAGAAGAAACAUAUCAAGGGGAAAAGUGCAAAAGACCGAACAGCGAAACGAGAGCAGGCUCUCCUCAGCCAAAGAAAAAGUUGCCAGCCUCGUCUCAGGUUAUGUAACAUUACAGUGCCCACCGACCUGGACCUGGGUCGCACCCCAGAGCUCACCAAUAGGGUCGUGUUCGCUCACACCACCGAGGCCUUCGAGGAGGACAUUGAGGAGCUGGACUGCCACAUUGUGCCUUUCUACGAGGACACAGACUCGGACAGUGAGGAGCACAUAUACGAAGAGGCUGGCUUUGACUCCGAGGGCGAAAACUUUCUAAACCUGGACAGGAAGACUAUUGUGACCCGCUCGCGCUCAUACUCUGGCAAAGUUCCAGGUUAUGUACCAGAAACUGUGCCAGAGGAGACAGGCACAGAGUAUCAGACGCAUGACUACUGCACGGUGGCCUUGAAUGAGAGCAGUGAACCGCUCAGCCAUUCGCAACAGCCGGGGGUCAACUGUCUGAUCCCGCCUAUGAAGUCUCGCCGCUUCUUGUUGUACUCCCGUUCCGCUGAGGGUCAGGAAUUGUCCAUGACUUCGCCUGCUGAUGGUGACAAAUCCAUCAGAAAUGAGCUUAGGAUGAGGAGGAAAGAUGACAACCUUUCUCUUCCGUGUGUCAUCACCUCAUCCGGAAGCUUCUCUCAGCGUAGUGUCCAGUCCUCCAGCGGUGUUUCUACACCCACCUCCCUCGUGGACAUCCCUCCACCCUUUGAGCUCGCCUACAUCACAAAGAGACCAGUCACAAAGAGCUCCCCGUCUGUACUGAUACAGCAUGAACCUGUUGAAAAAGUAAAGAACAAAAAGACUUCAUUUAAGCGUUUUCUGGCACUAAAGUUCAGGAGGAAUACAGACUCGAAGGGUUACAGUGACGGGAGUGUUCGCUCGUCUCGCUCCUCCUCAGAGUCCAGUCACCACGGGCCUACACGACUCAUUGAGCUCGACCGUAAAAGUAACGGCUGCUCUCCUCAGCUCCAGUCCCGAACUUACAACUCUCAGCAGCGCUCCCAGGAUCUGCCUUUUGUUCUCAAACCAGAUGAGAGGAAGAUUGACCCCAAACCCUUCCACAGUCGCGUCUCAAGAGUGGAGUCUUUUGAGGAGCGAUCACGGCGCUCCGCAAUGCUGGCUCCUUUAACCAAACCGCGCUCCAUAUCGUUCCCUUGCCCAGACACCUCUGACUAUGAAAAUAUUCCAGCCAUGAGCUCAGAUUACGAGAACAUUCAAAUCCCAGGCCGACCUGUGAGAUCCCACACCGUCACAGAAUUUUUUGAAGAUCCCAAUCGCAUGGCCGCCCCCUGCAAUGAAAACGACGGGUACGUGGACAUGAACAGCUUCCCAGGGAUCGAAAAACCUCAGAAAAGCGAAAAUGAAAGCGCCUACACAGAGCCUUUUCCAUUGGCUGCAGUGUCUGCCAGGUUGUCAGCCGAGGAGGACCAUGGGCGAACGUCAGAGGAGGAGGACGCUGCGCCGGAGCCCAGUUACGACCGACAGAUUGAUGGCCGAUCCAGAGCCUUCUACGUCGCCAAAGAGAUCUGCGACUUCGAGAGAGUGCACGUCAGCGCCCUCAAACACCUCCACGAGGACUUCAGGAAGGCUGUGGGAGAGUCGGUGGGUGAGGAUGGGGAGCCAGUGAUGGAGAAGCAGAGGCUGGAGGAGAUCUUGGGCGUGCUGCAUCAGGUCUUCACCCUCCACAGCAGCAUCCUGGCUGAGCUCGACGUGCGCAUCAAUCAGUGGGAGGAGAGCCAAAGAGUCGUCGACGUGAUCUUGUCCCGUCGGGAAGAAUUUGCUGUGUUUGAGACCUUCAUCUCCGAGUACGACCGCAGCAUGAGUCUGCUGCAGGAGAGCUGUAGGACUAAUGCAGAGUUCGCCAGCAUCGUGAAGAAAUUUGAGAGAAGGAACUCUGAGGAUGCUGAGGUUCCUCUGAAGCACCAGCUGCUACAGGUGAUCGUCAGAGUGCUACAGUAUCGCAUGCUCCUCACAGAUUACCUGAACAACCUGUCACCUGAUUCUAAAGAGUAUGAAGACACUCAAGCUGCCUUGGUGAUCGUCUCCGAAGUUGCAGACCUGGCCAACGACAAUCUGAAGCAUGGGGAGAAUUUGCUGAGGAUGGUCCACAUAGAGUACAGCGUGAAAGGAAAGAGGGAUCUUCUGAAGUCCGGAAGAAUGUUUGUGAAAGAAGGAACCCUCAUGAAGGUGUCCAGGAAGAGCAGACAACCCCGACACCUGUUUCUGAUGAAUGACAUCAUGCUGUACACAUACCCACAGCAGGAUGGGAAAUACAGGUUGAAGAACACCUUGUCUCUGUCCGGGAUGAAGGUCAGCAAGCCUGUCCUCGACAACAUCCUCAACUGCCUGAGAAUCGAGGUGUCUGACAUCACCAUCGUGCUCUCAGCCGGCUCAGUCGCAGAGAGAGAGGACUGGUUCCACACACUGAGUCGAGCGAUAGCAGACCAUGCAGCUGGACUUUGCACAUUUGGUGGACCGUGCAGUGAGGCUCGGGAGAAGUUGUGGAUGGCUCUAGGAGAAGCGGCGCCGGUGCUAGUCCCGGUGUCUCAGGUGAUGAUGUGCAUGAACUGCACCGUCGACUUCAGCCUCACGCUGCGGCGACACCACUGUAACGCCUGUGGAAAGGUGGUGUGUCGGGCUUGUUCUCGCAACAGAUAUCCCUUGAAGUACCUCAAAGACCGAGUAGCCAAAGUGUGUGACCACUGCUACAGUGAGCUCAGGAAAAGAGGCGGCAGCAUGUCUGCCGUGUCGGCUGCCAACUCCAGUCCUCGAUCCCACCGAGCAAGUCGGCCUCUGUCUGCAGUCUUCCAGAGCUUGCAGCCACCGAGUCUGUGGAAGAGCAGGAAGAGCGUCUGCAGUCUCAACCAGGUGUCUCUGGGGCUGGAUGGCUCCACCAUGAGUGGAAGUCUACACCGCAGGAAGAAGAGCAAGAGGAAAUGGAAGCGGCUGUGGUUCCUCCUCAAAGACAAGGUGCUCUACACCUUCACGGCCUGUGAGGACAAAGUGGCGGCAGAGCGUUUGCCUCUUCAGGGUUUCACGGUGAAGCUGAGUGAGCGCCUGGAGGGAGAAGAGAGCAGCAACCUCUUCCACCUCUACCACAAGAAGACUCUCUACUACACCUUCCGAGCAGAGGACCACCAGACCGCACGCAGGUGGGUGAAUGCCAUCGAGGAGGCCACAGUUUUGUAGUGGUUACCUGAUCGGGAAGAGCCUGCCUCCUCAAGGAAGCAGGCGGACCUGCAUUAGAAGAAUUCUGAGUUGUCACUUUCGAGCUGGAGAACUUUCGUUUGCUCUUCUGAACCUUCUCAUUGUGCUGCUGAGCGUCCAACACAUUGUUGUCUGAAGGACCUCCAACAGCCUGGACCCAGUUCUUGAGACUUUAUAUAUGAAUAUAUUGACCAAUACCUGGACAACAGUGCACAGCCGGAAAUUCUUCUGCAAGAGUCAAUGCUACUGAAACCCACAUGACGCCUCUGGUCAAACUCUUUGGUUUUUACAGGUCCCCUCACUCCCCAAUAAGUGAUGACGUGCCUCGUGAAGAGUUUGAGUUUGAAUGUGCCGUGGUGACAUCCUGCUGAGGGAAUCUCUCCUGAGUUUCCAUACUACUGAUGCGACUGACUUUCAAGUUUCCCAUGACGGUUUUGGACAGAUUUUUAGGACAAACUUACAUUAAAGUUUGAAUCCAAAUUGUUUGUUGUUCUGUAGCACAAUUUGAAUCUGUUUUUUCUGCGGUCCAUUUUUAUCGUGCUUAACAGUUGACCCACAUGCUCUCUCAUGCUGACACUCUCAUGCUGCUUUUUUUUUCAUUAACACAUUUUUGAUAAUCCUCCUCUCCAGAUUUCCUCUCUUGAAGAUGAUCAUGUCUUGUUUAGGGUUUUUUUUGUUUUGUUUUUGUUUGCAACUGUGUGCCCUGCUCGCGGUUAAAUACUUGAGAAUCUUUUCUUUCACAGUUUUGAUUUAAAAUAAUAGUGUUGACAAUAAUUAAUAAUGAGUCAGGGGCAUUACUAUUUAAAGUUGUUUGUUAUUUGAACUAGUUUUCAUUUUUUUAUAUUUUUCUAAAAUAUCAGUAUGAUGUCAAAAAAUGCGUAAAUAGAUGCAUGUUAUUUAACAUGGAUUUUAAAACAUAAUACAAAGAAUAUUUUUGACAGAAAAAUAACUCAAUGUCGAUUAAAAAUCUUAAACUUUAAAAUAGAGAUAUCAUUAUUAAUAAUAAUAUUAAUCAUGAUGAAGGUUAAUGAUAUUGAUUGAAUAAUAAAAAAAAAACUGUUCUACAGGAAUGAAAAAAUGCAUGAUUUGAGCAACAUGUAGUAUCAAAUAUUGAAUUUUAAUUCAUUUUUAAAUGCCUGCCAGAGCGUAAUUUGAUUUUUGUUUGUCUGUCAUUUAUGACUUUUUUUCCUUUUGAAGUCAGUAUUUUUUUGUUUUUUUUGUUUUUUUCGUUUUUUUUCGUUUUGUAGCACCGGAACAUUUGAUUCAUCAUUCAUCUUUUUAUUUAUUCAUUUUUUCAAUUUAGACUCUUGUUUCUUGGUGUUAAAACAAAAGUCUUAUGUUUGUCAAAAAGCUCGUCCUUUUUUGUUGUUGUUUUGGCCCGUUAUAAGGUUCGCUUUGCUGUUUUCUACUGCAAUGAAACAAUGUUACUGACCUUCUCGUUGUCCUAAAAAUAUGGCCAAAACUGCAGUUGUCUUCUGUAUUUGCUGCUUGUGUUUUCUAUCUUGACACUGGAGGAUCAUCAACACACUUGAAUCACUUCAAACCUUUCACCCAGUUCAGUGUCUUUAAAACCAUGUGUAAAUAUCAACUUCAUUCAGAGUGAGGUGUGCCAGUUAACACAUGAAAGGAGUCUCAGCGGCACUGACUCAUGUGACUCUGUUUGCUUUUGUGUGGCUCAAGUAUUGCUCAUGUUUGUGUACCUGACAUGACUUUUGUAUCCGGCCAGGUUGUGUGUCGGCAGGAUGAUGUAAAUGUUAAUGUGUAUAGAAGCUGAGGGGAGCUAAAUAGCUAUAAAUGUUAUAAACUGCAGUCUGGAAUAAACAUG